AAAGACUUGGAAAAAGAGCAGCUGAAAACUCUCAAGAAGGUAGCCAAGCGUUUUGAAAACGGGCUUGUAUCCUUUUUGCCACUGUACAAUUCUGAAGUCAUGGUGUUUUAUAUAUUCAGUGCUGAACUUCCAGUGAGUUCAGCUGGUUAUUUGAUGAGGGUGCCAAGCUCUCAAGUUAGAAUACAAAUCUGUAAGUGUGUUGUUAGCUUUUAUAAUAUGGAGCCACCAAGAAAACUACUUUCAGGUUACCAGCCAACAAGUGCAAACUAUAAAAUUCAGAUGGCUGAAUUAGGAGGAUUAGCAGAAACUCUCGUUUUGUCACUAGCACUAGUUGAAAAUCAACUUACUGAGAAGUUGUGGGUACUUAAAGCUCUCCAGCAUCUCUCCAGCUCUGGAGUAAAUUGCAGACUUAUGAUGAAGGCCCAAGCAGCCAGCAGACUCUGUUUGUAUCUAAAUGGUGUUGAUCCCUCAGGACAGCUGGUGUUCCGCUCCUCAGAAAUCCUAUGGAACCUGUUAGAAAACACCUCAAAAGAAGAAGUUGUUAAUCAGCUCAGUAGCUUGGAAUGUGUACAUGCUUUGAAAGAAGUAUUUGUAGACCUUCUCAUGCAUGGUUUCCGGCAUUAUGAUCGUCAGCUACGGAAUGACCUCUUGGUGAUUGCCACAUUGCUAGCUGAAAACCCUGCUGCACCUAUGAUUGUAAGUAUUUAUAGUUAUAUUCUGGAGACCAAUAACUUCUCCCUUGCUAUUAUAUACUCA